GUAGAACAAUUGAACACAGAGAUCUAAUUACGUAUCAACAGCGGCUAUACCUUCAGCUUAUCUUCAGAGCUCAGGUAAGAAAUACGGUCAUUUGCUCCAAGGCCGCCUCAAGAAACUAAAACCCGGUUUGAAGGAACGUUUUCUAGCUUAGGAGAGUUUUGAUAUAAUGAUCAACCUUACGGGCCAAGCGCUCAGGUACCAUGGUUUGUACAGGGCUUAUUAUGCCAUCCUGCGCACCUUUAUUUAGCCGCAAGUCUCGCUAUCUUGGGCUUCCUCGCAGAUAAAGAGGCACGGGCGGAAACGUUUCUAGCGGAAACGUUGCAGAAACGAGGGCAGGAAAAGAGCUCCCUUUCCCACCAACAUUCGAAGGGCACUUGUCCUCUGACGGUGUUCUGAGCCCGGUUCUUGCACCUCCGCACCGAGGAAGUGGAUCACGAAGCCAUUCGGCUUUGCUGCUAGACAGGGCUACAACUGAGCUCUGGGCCAGCUCACUCGCGCGUGAGAAGGCUAAGCAGCGAAAGGCGGCUUUCCCGCCGUCCCUCACGGGGACGAGGGAGGCAGCGACAACUACUCUUGUUCAAUAACAAUUCCCGCCGGACGGGAGGGGGGAGUUAUUACCAUGGCAACCUGGGCCCGCCUCUUGGGACUAGGCCGCCACGGCGGCGGCCUAACAGCUAUGGAGAGCGGUGGUGGUUUGACCGGUUUGGCCACCGGGAACCUUGAAGAUCUCGGCCCAGUCCCGAGGCCUGCGAUCGACCCUCCCGUUCUCUCGACAGAAAUACCACAGCUUGCUGUCAUGAAUGAGGAACCUGCCACAAUUUGUUUCAAUGAAGAUGAUUAUUACUGUCCUGUCUGCCAAGAUGUGUUCAAAACACCUGUCAGGAUUUCCAUUUGUCAACAUGUAUUUUGUAGGAAAUGUUUCUUAAUGGCUAUGAAAGAAGGUGGAACACACUGUCCAUUAUGCCGAGGCAUCGUAACUAGAAAAGAAAAAGCACGUCCCAACAGAGCCUUAGAUGUUGAAAACAACAUGAAGAAGUUGGUGGGGAGUUGUAGAUGCUGUGAAAAACAGAUUAGAUUCUCUCGUAUGAGACAGCAUUAUAAAUCAUGUAAGAAGUAUCAAGAUGAAUAUGGUGUUUCUUCUGUAAUUCCAAACUUAGACAUAUCUCAGGAUUCAACGGGAAACAGUUUUAGGAGUGAUUCUUCUACUUCGGAAGUGGGAGAAAAUUCUAAUCUACAUGUUCCUGAAGAACCUGCAAGUGAGCAGCCUACAUUCAAAUGCCCUCUAUGUCAAGAAAGUAACUUCACAAGGCAGACGCUAUUGGAUCAUUGCAAUGACAGGCAUCUUUAUCAAGUAGACCCAGUAGUCUGUCCUGUUUGUGUCUCUCUUCCAUGGGGAGAUCCUAACCAGGUUACUAGAGAUUUAGUUGGCCAUUUAAAUCAAAGACAUCAACUUGACUAUGGAGAUUUUACGAAUCUUCAACUGGAUGAGGAAACUCUGUUUCAAAACGCUGUUGAGGAAUCUUGUCAAGUGAACCUUUGAAGCCUCUAAUUUGCUUACAUCACUACUAUCUACAAGGGGGGUGGGAGUCAAGUCUGGUCUGAUGUUAAUAAAAAGGAACUCUGUAUCCAAUUCAGUAGCAAUUGUUUUCCCCUAGGCAAACUUCAUUUUAAAAUACUUUAAAAACAUGUAUUACUACAUUUAGUAAUAGAAAUAUUUCAAAUAUCUGGAGAAAAUAUCAUUGCCUUUGAAAGAAAAGCGUUUUGCUUCUUUUGUUUUUUAUUUAAAUUCUUUGAUUUUACAGAACUUUUUUAGUUGCAGUGAAAUAAAUUGUAAUAUAUUAGAGUGAGGAUAAGGGGGAUAAUUAUCCUUUCUUGAAUAGUUCCAUUUUUUUCUUGCAUGCUUUGUAUUUUGAAGUAUAUGUUAAAAGCUAAAUGGUUUUAUUGUGACCCGUAACUUAACUUUAACUAUUGCAUGCAGGGAUUUUCUUAAUUGUUUUCAAAAGUCUCUAAGUACAAAAGCAUUUACUGAGCCUAAUAGAAUGCCAGAAUUCAGACGCUUGCAAACUAUGGCAUGUUAGUCUAAAAAAAAAAAUGAUAUUCUUUUCAGUAACACCAUAGCCUCUACCGCUAUGCUUUUCUAACCCCUCCCCCUUUUUUUCCUAAGUAUUUCAUUGCUGUGAUUAAUUCACAUUAGUCUAAGACCUGUAUAUGACUUUUACGAUGGCAGCAUAAUUCACCUGAAAUGUUUAUUAGAGUUUUUCCUCUUGUUUUUUAAAUAAAACUUUGAACAGAAAUGUCAAAUAGUAAGUUCUAAUACUUUGUAAAUGUUAUCUUACUAAGGCUGCUUUUGUAAUAAGAAGGAGGGUUUCAUUUUUUAAAAAUGCAGCACUGUUUUAGGCCAGUAUUAAAUUGAUUUGAUUCCAGUGUUUAAGUUGACUAGAAAUUUCCACUAAUUGAAUGUCACUUGCUUUAAAAAUUAGUUUGGAAACUGUCUUCAUUGUAGCGUUAUGAUUAUGGAUAAGCAGAUUCAUCUUAUAUCACUGCAUUGUUAUUCUAGGUUUCCAUUAAGCCUUUGGUUUUGCUCUAUUUAUAUUCAGGAAAUAAAGAGAAUUUUAGAAUUCAGAUAA